CUCCUCCUUUAAUGGCGUGAGAUCGUACCAGACCAGAGAGUGUAUGCUUGUUUAUCAUAUACAGUAUAUGUAUGUUCUUCUUGGCAUGCUUCACCAACUCUUAUUCUUAGAAAACCCAAAACCCAAAUGGACUAAAAGGAAAGGAAAAAAUAUAUAUUUUUAAACAAAAUGAAAUGCUUUUGAAAUUUCACCAUCACAAUCCCAUUCCCACCGCGUCUUUCCAUUUUCAUCAACUUCACUUUUGGGAUUCUUAGACCCAGAUGAUAAAAAGCGGUAAUCUCUCAUUGAUUUUGACUGGGUUCUUUACUCUCGAUCAUUUCCUGUUGUCGGUCUUUUGAUACUCGUAUUGUUUCGUUGUGAAAUCUUGUGUUGUAUAUUUGGUGUUGUUAUUUCUGGUUUGCUAUUUUUGUUGUGUUUUUUAUGUAUGAGCGCGUGAAGAUCGAGAUGAAAAGUGUAGGAAACAUGAUUGAUGAUGAACUUGAGAUGUUACUGGGUGAGAUCCCUCAUGCAACAUCAUCAUUGAAUCUUCAUCAUACGCAUAGCAAUGUCCAUCAUCAUAGUCUUGUUGAUCAUACAUCACACAUGAUACAGAAAAUGAAUGUUCAUGGUAUGUAUGAUGAUGAACUAUUGAGGCAUAAAUAUGCAUGUGCAUCUUCCCCUGCCAGUCGGUUCUCAUUACAAUCUGACGGCUCUUCCUCAAGCUUGUUCUCUGGUGGGCGUUCGAUUUCUGACAAUGGAUCGCCAACUCCACCCCAAUUUGGAGAACUAAAGCCUCACCUGGUUUCUGGCAAUGGAUUCUGGUUAGAUUUCAACCAGGCAAAUGAAGUUAAUACAGUUGACGGGCGGAGUUUAUCGAGCAAUUUCAGUAAAAUGUACAUUAGUAAUGAGCGAGAGGAUGCUUCAGUGCUCCCAAAUGGUUUUCAAUUUCGUGAUCAGUCUGUGGAUGGGCCUAUUCGAAUGAAUUUUGAGAAUUUUUGGGCAUCUGAUAACUAUAGAAGGGGCUUCUCGGAAUAUAGAGGAUUUAAUGCCUCCCUUCCAAGAAAUCCUAUGAAUUUUGAUGGUGAGAUGGUAUCUGCAUUGGCGGCUAUGCUGCCUUACUCUAAAAUGGGUAAUUUAUUUGGAUCCCGGUAUUCUCCUGGUGCAUCUGAAGGAUUAUUUGCUCGAACAGAAUAUGGUAAUUCAGAUAAAAGUCCUCAAUUUUAUAAUAAUAAUGCAUCGGCUGGAAAUUAUUUUCCAAUGGGGAUUUCGACAUCAAGGCCAUCUUCCACUUUAAGAAGGCCUUCAUUUGUUGAUUCUUCUUAUUAUGCUUCGCAAAAUGGGACGAAUCUGAUCCAAGACAGAGGUCCAUUUCAUUCACCCAACAUGCUUCGAUUGGCUCAUCUAAUACCUCAAUUUAAUGUGGAAAAUUUACUCCAUUAUCAGCUACCCGCGCCUAAUGGAAGAAAUAGAUUACCUUUGCAUUUUAGAGAGCCUCAAAGGGGUGUUGAAGCUUUUGCCGGAGACGAGAGUCUGUUCCUUCAAGAGGACGGUUUAAAUAAUGCAAUUAACAGAGGAUGUAGUCGUCCAAAGUUCAAAAAUACUUUGGGUUUUAUGCAUGAGAGUGGCACUGGUAAGGCUCAAGAAAUUGCUGGUGCUCAAGAAAGUGGCCGGACUGCAAAAAUGCAUUGCCCUUUCUCCUUGCCAUCAAAGUGUAGCUCCCUGACAGAAGCUCAAGGAUAUAUAUAUCACAUGGCGAAGGAUCAGCAUGGUUGCCGGUUUUUGCAGCAGAUAUUUGAUGAAGGGACUCCUCAAGAUGUGCAGAUAAUAUUUAGUGAGAUAGUUGAUCAUGCAGCUGAACUCAUGACAAAUCCAUUUGGGAAUUACCUUAUGCAAAAACUGUUGGACGUGUGCAAUGAAGAACAGAGUACUCAGAUUCUGCUUAGGGUGACUGAGGUGCCCGGGGAUCUUGUUAGGAUCUCUCUGAAUACACAUGGCACUCGAGUGGUCCAAAAGUUGAUUGAGUCACUCAAAACAAGGCAACAAAUUUUGCUAGUUAUUUCAGCACUUGAGCCAGGCUUUCUUGCCCUCAUUAAAGACCUAAAUGGUAAUCACGUUGUUCAGCGAUGCUUGCAAUGUUUUACCAACGAAGAUAGUAAGUUCAUUUUUGUUGCUGCUGCAACGUACUGUGUUGAUAUUGCGACGCAUCAGCAUGGAUGCUGUGUUCUGCAACGAUGCAUCAGUCAUUCAACUGGAGAACAUUGGGAGAACUUGGUUGCUGAAAUUUCUGCAAAUGGGCUUCUACUUGCUCAAGAUGCAUAUGGAAAUUAUGUUGUUCAAUUUAUUUUGGAGCUCAACAUUCCAUCUGUCACAUCCAAAUUGACAUCUCAGUUUGAUGGUAACUAUGUACAUCUUUCUACCCAAAAGUUUAGUAGCCAUGUUGUUGAGAAAUGUCUUGUGUUAUGUAAUGAUGAAGCUCGGUCAAAGAUCAUCCAUGAAUUGCUCACUGCAACUUAUUUUGAGCGGUUGCUUCAUGAUCCACAUGCAAAUUAUGUUGUUCAAACAGCUCUCCGGGUUUCUGAGGGUCCUCUUCAUAGUUCUUUGGUUGACGCUAUCGAGUCUCACAAGGCAAUUUCAGGUCACAGUCCCUAUUCCAAGAGGAUUUUCUCUCACAAGCUUUUAAAGGAGUGAUGUAUAGUCUUCCUUCUGCUAAGAAAUUAUGUUGUUGUUUGUCGUUAUUGCUACCUAGCACCAUAUGUUGAAGCUGGUUCUUCGUCUUUUCACAAAUGCCAGUGCAUGGAUCAUUUGUCAAUUUUGCUUCCCUCCAGAGUGUAAAGGAUAGGCAACUGUGCUUUUAGUUGAUUGAAAUAGACUUUAAAUUUAUAACUUUUCUGUCAAUGUAAUGAAUCUUCUGGAUAGUUCUUGUGGGAUUUUCACUGUGUGGAUGUAUGUGAUGU